AGGGGUAACUAAACUAAACCUUCAAAUAACCAACCCAAGAGAUCGGUCGUUCCCCGUUGACAUAUAAGGAAGGGAGAGGAAGGAAGGAAGGAGGGACACUUUUAAACCUCUUCAUCUCUCCUUGACCCUCAACACCAAUAUUAAGAGACUGGGCAAGGGACAACCAAACAAGAGAACAAAUGAUAAAUGAGACAAAGAAGGGAGAGACGAUAACUCCCACCACAGCCCGAUUCCCACCACCGCCUGAAUCCCUACCACACCACAGCACUAUGGACGACCUGAAGAAGUACGAGUGUGUGAAAUGCGAGGCGAUUCUGCCCAGUCACAGCAGCUUCAUCCAGCACACCCUCAGCCAUGCGGGGGUGACCGUGCUAUCCUGCCCUGACUGUGACAAGCUCUUCAUGUUCCCCUACCAGCUGGAAAACCACAAAACCACACACACGGGCAUCAAAAAAUUUGGGUGCGAGAAGUGUGGAAAACGCUACACCAGCAAACUAAACCUAACCGCACACAUGAACACUCACAUUGGGGUCAAACCUCAUAAGUGCGGGGAGUGCGGUAAGGUGUUUCUGCGGAAGACGACACUCAAUAGGCACAUCAAUCGUCACUUUGGGAUCAGGAAGCACAGGUGCGGGUACUGCGGGCGGGAAUUUACGGAACGGAGCGAAUGGGAGGAGCACGAAGUGACGCAUGUAGGCGAUGGGAUAAACGCAGUGAUGUACAGGUGUGAUAAAUGCAACAAGGUGUUCGUUAGGGCGAGCUACCUGGCCAAACACAAACAGAGACACAUCAAAGACACGGAGUACCUGUGUGAGGAGUGCGGGAAGGGGUUUUCGAACAAGGCGUACCUGGACCAGCACCGAGAGAUACAUAGUGGGAAAAAGUACCAGUGCGAGGAGUGCGGGAAACUGUUCUCCCAAAAGACCACGCUGGAGAACCACAGAACCAUACACAGCGGGACCGAGAAGUUCAAAUGCGACGUGUGCGGCAGGAAAUUCGUGCAAAAGAGCCAUAUGGUCCGGCACGUCAGGACGCACGACGGGCUGCGGAAUUACGAGUGCGAAAUGUGCGAUAAGAAAUUCAAGGAAAAAUACCAAUACACCUGCCACAUGCGAGUCCAUGCCGGGACGAGCCAGAACAAAUGCGAGGUGUGCAGCAAGCAGUUCAUGCAGAAGGGACACCUGCUACGGCAUCUAAAAUUACACUCCAGGGAAACUGAGACAUGCACGGAAAGACACACAUGCAAAACCUGCGGAAAGACGUUCACGCAAGAGGAGAAUCUCGCCCGCCACUUGAACACUCACACCCGGACGAGGGAUUAUGCGUGUGUGCAGUGCGGGAAGGCUUUUAUGCAGAAGAGCCAUCUCGAUACGCACCGCAAGAUCCACGAGGGUGUGUUUGAGUACGAGUGCAAAGAGUGCGGCAAGAAGUUCCGCCAGAAGGUGCAUUUGGCGUUCCACAUGUACCUCCACACGGGGACGAAGAACUUUGGCUGCGAGGUGUGUGGGAAAAAGUUCAUUCAGAAGGGACACCUCGAUAAACAUUUGAAGUGGCACAAGGAGGAGAAAAAUAGAGGAAAUAAGGAAGGAAAGGAGAAAAGAAUAAAAGGAAAAUUGACUGAAAUCAAGAAGAAAAAAAGCAAGGAGAGGAAAAUGAAGCGACGGAAAAAACGUAGGAAAAAGGAGGAGGAGGAGGAUGAAACAGAAGAAGAGGAAACAGAAGAUGAAGAAGAGGAGGAGGAGCAGCUAGAGGUAGUGGUGGAGGUGGCAGUGGAGGAAGAAGGGUUAGAGAUGGAAGCAGUGGUGAAGGAGGAAGUGGAAGAGGAGGAGGAGUGGAGGGAGGAAGCAGAGAUGGAGAUGGAGAUGGAGGAAGAGAAAGAGGAGGAGGAGGAGGAAGGCCGAAAACAUUUAGAUCAUACAGAAAGUUUAGAGAGUGAAAAUAUGUUUGUUAAUAGUGAGGUAUAAGGCUUUGUGUGUGUGUGUGUGUGUGUGUGUGUGUGUGUUUGAAUGUACAAAAAAAGUAUAACAAGGGACCUCAUACCAUACAAAAUUAAUGUUAUUUAUAUGUAUUUGAGGAUAGAGAGGUUAGUUAUUUAAUCUUAUUUAUUCGUCCAACAUCAAAAGUGACUCAUUUAUUUUUUGUGGGGAUGUUAACACCUCAGAAUAUAAAACAAUGAUUGAAAAAGUGUUAUUUAGCUUUAAUAUUCUGAAAACCUUUUACUUUUAUUAUUAUUUAUGCCAUGAACAUUAAUUUUACAAGUCAAACCAUGUGAGAAAUUAGUGUAUUUGGGAGAAUAAAUAAUGAAAAGUGAGUUAGGGAGUUUGUUUACAUUUUACAGGAAAGGAAGCAACUCAAGGGCGACAAAAAAAAAAAAAGGGAAGAUAAAAA